AUGACUCUGCAAACCACAGGAAUCGCGCUGAUAGCGUUUGUGUACUUCUUCAUCCGCUACCUCAACCGCUCAGAUACUCCCAAGAUCAAGAAUCUUCCUGAGAUUCCUGGCGUACCGCUUUUCGGAAACCUUCUCCAGUUCGGAGACAAGCACGCAAAAGUCGCCGGGCAACUGGCAAAGAAGUAUGGGCCUGUAUUUCAAGUGCGCCUGGGGAAUAGACGGAUUGUAUUUGCCAAUACUUUUGACUCUGUCCGUCAUCUUUGGAUCACCAAUCAAUCGGCUCUGAUCUCUCGUCCUACGCUUCAUACUUUCCACACUGUGGUCUCCAGUUCACAAGGCUUCACUAUUGGCACUUCGCCAUGGGACGAAUCAUGCAAGCAACGUCGGAAAGCUGCUGCUACGGCACUUAACCGACCAGCUACCCAGAGUUACAUGCCAAUUAUUGACCUCGAAUCUCGUGUUUCAAUCAAAGAGCUGUUGGAAGACAGCGACAAUGGGAAGAAGGACAUUGAUCCCAUUGCCUACUUUCAGCGCUUCGCACUCAAUACUUCCCUUACUCUGAACUACGGUACGAGAAUAGAUGGCAAUGUCAACAAUGAGCUUUUGGUUGAGAUCUGCGACGUGGAGAGGGCAAUCUCGAAUUUCAGAAGUACGAGCAACAACUGGCAGGAUUAUAUCCCAUUGAUGAGGUUAUGGCCGAGUCAGAGUUCGGACGCAAAGCAAUGGAGAGAUAGGAGGGACAAGUAUUUAACUUUCUUAUUGAAUAAGUUGAAGAAGAACAUCGAGGAUGGAACGGACAAGCCUUGUAUCACGGGAAACAUCCUGAAGGACCCAGAGGCAAAGCUGAACGAAUUCGAGAUAAAGUCCAUCUGCCUCACCAUGGUAUCAGCUGGUCUUGAUACUGUUCCGGGGAACCUCAUUAUGGGGAUCGCAUAUCUCUCCUCCAAACAUGGACAGGAGAUCCAAAAGCGUGCUUACGAUGAAAUCAUGAAAGUGUAUCCCGAAGGUGACGCAUGGGAAAAGUGCAUACAGGAGGAGAAAGUACCUUACGUUACGGCAUUCGUAAGAGAAGUGCUACGGUUCUUCACCGUGAUCCCAAUUUGUCUGCCCAGGACGAGUAUCAAGGAUAUCAAGUAUGAGGAUGCGGUCAUUCCUGCUGGGACGACAUUUUAUAUGAACGCCUGGGCCGCCGACUUCGACCCAACACACUUCAAAAAUCCCGAAGAAUUCUCCGUCGACCGCUACCUCGACAACCUGGAAGGCACAGGCGGAACACCGCACUACGCCUACGGUGCCGGGUCCCGCAUGUGCGCCGGCUCACAUCUAGCAAACCGCGAACUGUACACAGCCUUCAUCCGUCUGAUAACAGCAUUCCAUAUUGAACCUCCGAGGGAUAAGAAGGAUCUGCCGAUCUUGGAUGCUCUGGAAUGUAAUGCUAUUCCGACGGGAUUGACGACGGAUCCGAAGCCGUUUAAGGUGGGGUUUAGGUGUAGGGAUGAGGAGAAGGUUCGGUUGUGGAUGAGGGAGAGUGAGGAGAGGACGAAGGAUUUAUAG